AUGAAUCGGCGAGAAGAUCCACUGCUCCGGCAGCAUUGUAAUCGUUUACUUCAACUUGCCGAAACAACUAACAUCAAACCUGGACAUGGAAGUGGCAAACGGCGAGGCCAAAGAUCGUCCCAUGGAUUUAGUUCGAGCGCUAAUGCCCGGACGACGCUUCAAGAUAUCGUAAGGAAUGAUCCAGGAUAUACGUCUAAUAUUGAACAUCUAGUUUUCCCGGACCGUAAGGGUAGCAAUCCAAAUUUAGCUAGUCACAGUGGAUCUUCAUCCUUUAAGAACAAGCCCAAAAAUGUAGGGGAAUCUAAUAAUGCCUCAACGGCUAAUUCGAAACUAGUAGAAGUGAUUGCUCAUCCGUAUAUGAGAGGAUUAUCAUUCGAAGAUGCAGUUACAACUAAAAAUAAAUCCUUUAACGGUACCUCAUUAAACGGUAGAGGAGAUUCUACUGUAAUUACAUCAUCCGGUCACCAGCCGAAUUCGGGAUCAGCAUCUUCUAACUUCAAGCAUCGUCGAUGGGUUUCACAGCCUUCGCAAUCGUCAAAGCAAUAUUCGACUGAUGGCGGGGGAAGCCACGUGGGUUCCGUAGGCGGUACUGGAAAUACGACAUCGGUCCAACAACCUCGACGCCUUAGUCCCGCGUCAGACCCAAAAGAAUUAAAUUCUGCAAUAUCUUCAAUAGGAGCCAGAGAAAAAUCAGAGAGAACGGGAAAUGUAUCAAUUGUACAUCUCCGCGGUACAUCUUCAGUGGAAUCACGUGAAUCCUGGGAAAAUCGACAAGCAUCGAAUUUUUCCGAAAUUCGGUCAAAGAGCUACAACCGUGCGAGUUCAAUACCAGGUUUAAAACGUCAAGAUGCCUCAAUGACAAGUGGUGUGAGUAUCGGAAAUACAUCUUCGUCGAGAAAUCGAUGUCAAGAGACCCAAAGUCAACGGCGUCGUGAAGCAACAAAUUCAUUACUCUCGGGAGGUCGCAGUACAUCAGGUGAGCUUUUCGUCAGCGGGAAUUGUAGUAGAGAAUUAUCUCCGGUACGGUGGUGUGACCAUGAUGUAGAUGGUGUAUAUCUCGGGAGAUCGGGAUGGGUUCAAGUUCAACAACGGUCUCUCGAUGAAAACCGUAAGAUCAAAUACGAAAGCAAUCCCCAAGCGAAAUGUACCGGAAAUAGCAGUGCAGUCACUGGGACUAUUCCACUCCCACGACGAGCAACUGUCAAGCUCAUAGACUAUCACUGUAGCAACAGCGAACCAGGAAAGCGCUCUGACUAUUUAAGAAGUCAUACUUUAGACUCCCACCGGCCAGAUUUUCUGAAGCUUAACAGUUCCGAAUAUGAACCUCCCAGUGGUUGUGCUUCACCUCACAGUAUUCCCGAGUCUUUCUCACCGCCAUCAAUAACACCGAUCAUAUCACCACCGCCAGCAUUCCAAGACGCCUUACAAAAAAGAGGAACGCGAUCUUCCCGGUUCAGUACAACAUAUGGUAAAACGCCUUUUCUUCCCAGAUCUAAUGCCAUUGUCGACAGUGAUCUCAUCAGUCCACCACCUUCACCGCUGUUAAACAAGAAUUGGAGCUCAUCAAUACCGUCGUCAACUAAAAAAUUAUCAAACAUAUCUAGCAAGUCUCGAUCAAGAUGUCAAGGACCGUCUCAAGGCUCUGGAAAUUCUAUUGUCGUUAUACAGUCAAAGCAAGAUAGCAAGCAAUCUCGUCUUGCUUCUGCUAAAUCCUUAGAAGAUCAGUCAAGUGCAAGAAGAUCACAAUUUGCUCAAAGAUACCUAGAAUCUUCAUCAUCAUCAUCUUCUUCUAUGGGAUUCCGUAGUCUUGAUAGUUGCGUCAACAGAGUAACAAUGCCGUGCUUAGCUGAGAACACAGAUUCAUCUAUUGAAGGUUAUGAAGAUGGCGACGAAGACGAUAAUCCAGAUUCAUUGUUGAAUAGCGCUGUUUCAUCUCCAGGGACACUUUUAGACUUCUCUUUCGAGGGAAUGAUAAUAAAUCAUGAGAGAUUAUCACCCUCUGGAAGACAAUCGCGUUUGGGGCGCAGUCACCAAGCAUCAAGAAGAUCACCAGGUUCUUCCGAUGGGGGUAAAUUGUCUUUUGAUUCCGGCUCAUCGUCUUCGUCAUCUAGCAAUAGUACUGACCGAAUAGAAAGAUCGCCAACUCCCAAUAGUUAUAAACGCUCAAACCAAUCCCGUCAACAGCAUCAAGGGUAUCGAGGUACUCUUGCACUUUCUCCAGAUUCAUUGCAAGCUUCCAGAGUUCGACGCUCAAAAAGUCUUCAAUUACCGGAAAAAAGGUCUCCAGGAUCCGGCAAUCUUCAACAGCAAUCAUCUAGGGAACACUAUCAUGAAGCAAAUGAUCCUAAUAAAGCCCAUUUAAAAGUUAUCAACGACAAAAGUAUGGGACGAAAUAAAAAACACAUCUUGACAAAUCGUAAAACUCAUUCAACAGAAGAAACAGUUAACGUAGAAGUUCAUCGUGAUCCAGAAAUAGUUACCGAAUAUCUUUACGGUACAAGAAGCCGGCCAAUGACAAGGAAUGUCCAAUCAGGACGUUAUGAUAAUCGGGAUGAUAAAGUUGAUCGGCGGAAUACAGCGGGUGCAUGCGAUGUGUACUUUAUUUCGGCAAAACAACCACGUCAAAAACAGGCUAUUAUGAAUUAUACUCAACAACAGCAACAAAAGUCUUCAAAUAAACAAUUACGAACUCUUCAACGAGGAGUAACAACUCCGAAUACAAAUUCAUCAGUACCAUCUGUGGAAUCCAAGACACGAUGUAAUACCAGCACUUGUAAUUUUUGGCCUCAUUGCACUCAGCGGGAAACACUUUAUUCGCCUAAUCUUAAUCAAACAUCCAUGAAGUCAUCUCAAAGCUAUCCAUCUCAUCGUCGGAUGUCUAAUGACAAUAUCAUCAACCACACUAAUCGAGAUCGUGACAGCGCUUGUUCUUCACCUGCCGCUUUAGAUAUAGUUGAAGACCGAGAUAUGAGAAAAUCUCGCCAGCGAGGAGAACAUUACUCUUCAAUGUCGAAAUCCGAAGAACGUGUGCCUAAAAGUGUAUUGAAGCAACCCCGAAGAUCACCUGCCGGAUCGCCAAAUGAACUAGAUCAAACUACGCGAUGGGAAUAUAGAAACACCCAUGGAGAAACUGUAGGCCAACGUGUAUCUCCUAUACGAUCUAAAACAAUCAGAAGAUCUCCUAAUGGUGGCGGCAAUUCGUCAGUCACUAAUUCAUCUUCCUCAAGCAGUGAUAUUUGGGUGACAACCUCCGAUCGGACCGUUACAAAAAGUCCUAAAAAUCCUAAAAGCAGCGGAGGAUCAACUCCUAUAGAUGAUGGAAUCUCAGGAUCAUUGAAAACUCUUCUUGACCCUCAAUCUGAUUUAUCAAGGCCUGGCAGUGCACCAGCGAAAAGAGGAGCUUCUCCAGAAGAAUCAAAACAUCUCGAGCCUCAUCAUAGAUCUUCAUCUCUGCCUAAAUCAUUUUUGUCACAUGAGUCUACAAAUACUGAUGGGUGA